AUGCGCUCUGCCAACGACGCGUAUGUGAGCAUUCACGACCAUGGCCGCAAGGAGAAAGAGAGACCCCCGUGGUACUGGCGCCUGAUCGCCAUAGCAGCAUCGUGGAUGAUUCUUGGAGGGUACCUCAUACUGCCUGGGCUCUACGCAAAAGACGCACAGCUGCGCUUCACUCAAGCCGUCCUCUCUGUAUUCGUUGUCGCAUUGCUGACAGCCGGUUACUCAUUCACCGCGCUGCUCUGCUUCGCCUGUCGCGACAAACACUUUCAAGCCGAACACGUCUUCCUACCUGCACUCGCCUCGUCAGCCUUCGGCCUCAUCUCCAUCGCCUACAACUUCCUAUCCUCUAGUGCCUACCACUGGGGCCUCUCAGCCACCACCGGCACCGUCCUAAGCGCCGUCGCAACACUCACCUACACUGUCCUCUGCAUCAUCACCUUCCGGGCCGCAAACAAGCCCCCACCGCGCCAACACCCCGACGCCCGCACCAACCUCUGGUCCGAACAAUCCUACUACAACAACUUCGUCACAAAUAUGUACCCCACCGCCAUGCGCCCAGCCGAUCACCCUCCCCCCGUCAUCUACACCGAAGACGACCGCGUAAACCAGCAAAUGGCGCUUCUCCUCCACAAAUCAGACUCAAGACCUAGUCCCGACGCAAACAGCACGUUCCACAUUGAUCUCCCCGAAGACCCGGACCAGCACGACCGCGAAUUGCAUAGUCAGGAACUCGUGGGUACCCCUGUGCAAGCGCACUCGGAGUGGCAGCGGGGCAGGGGGCAUAGCAGGCCGGAUAGCCUUGGCGAACAGCAGGCGUGGAUGCAGUUGCAGGAGAGAGGGAGAAGUGCGCAUCGGGCGGAGAGUGCGGGUGGACAAAGUAGCCAUUCGAGGAAUUUGAGUCGCGAGGAGAGGAGACGGCAGAUUGAGAUGGGCGAUCUUCAUAUCUGA